ACUCGGUUUCCCUGCGGCCCCGGGAGGCUCGCGGGCCAUUGGCUGAGCGGCGCGGAUCUGGUCCCGCUCCUCCCCGCCCUCAGUGACACAAUAGCAGCUCCCUCCAAGAUGGCGGCGGCGACGGCGGACCCGGGAGCUGGGAACCUGCAGGCUGGAGACUCCUCCGGCGGGGGCGCUGGGGGCGGGCUGCCGUCUCCCGGAGAGCAAGAGCUGAGCCAGCGCCUGCAGCGCCUGUACCCCGCAGUCAACCAGCAAGAGACGCCGCUGCCGCGCUCCUGGAGCCCCAAGGACAAGUACAACUACAUCGGCCUCUCCCAGGGCAACCUCCGCGUCCACUACAAAGGUCAUGGCAAAAAUCACAAAGAUGCAGCCUCAGUGCGUGCUACCCACCCCAUACCUGCUGCCUGUGGCAUUUAUUACUUUGAGGUGAAGAUUGUCAGCAAAGGAAGAGAUGGGUACAUGGGAAUAGGACUCUCAGCUCAAGGUGUCAACAUGAACAGACUUCCUGGUUGGGACAAACAUUCCUAUGGCUACCAUGGCGAUGAUGGGCAUUCCUUCUGCUCUUCAGGGACUGGCCAGCCCUAUGGUCCCACAUUCACCACAGGAGAUGUAAUCGGCUGCUGUGUCAACCUAAUCAAUGGCACCUGCUUCUACACCAAGAAUGGCCACAGCCUUGGUAUAGCCUUCACAGAUCUCCCGGCCAACCUCUACCCCACUGUAGGCCUACAGACACCUGGGGAGAUUGUGGAUGCCAACUUCGGGCAGCAGCCCUUCCUGUUUGACAUUGAGGACUACAUGCGGGAGUGGCGUGCCAAGGUCCAGGGUACUGUCCACUGCUUCCCCAUCAGUGCCCGGCUUGGUGAAUGGCAAGCGGUGCUGCAGAACAUGGUUUCAUCUUACCUGGUGCACCAUGGGUAUUGUGCCACGGCCACAGCUUUUGCCCGAAUGACUGAAACCCCAAUUCAGGAAGAACAGGCGUCCAUAAAGAACAGACAAAAGAUCCAGAAGCUAGUGCUGGAGGGCCGCGUGGGUGAGGCCAUCGAGACCACCCAGCGCUUCUACCCGGGGCUGCUGGAGCACAACCCUAAUCUGCUCUUCAUGCUCAAGUGCCGUCAGUUUGUGGAGAUGGUGAAUGGGACCGACAGUGAGGUCCGCAGCUUGAGCUCCCGAAGCCCCAAGUCCCAGGACAGCUACCCUGGCUCCCCCAGCCUCAGCCCCCGCCAUGCCCCCAGUAGUUCCCACAUGCACAGCACAGGAGCAGACAGUCCCAGCUGUAGUAAUGGCGUCACAUCUACCAAGAGUAAACAGAAUCACAGUAAAUACCCCGCACCCAGCUCCUCAUCCUCGUCCUCAUCCUCCUCGUCUUCCUCUUCCCCAUCCUCCGUCAAUUACUCCGAAUCCAACUCAACAGACUCUACCAAGUCCCAGCCCCACAGCAGUACCAGUAACCAGGAGACCAGCGACAGUGAGAUGGAGAUGGAGGCAGAGCAUUACCCCAAUGGUGUGCUAGAAAGCAUGUCCACACGUAUCGUCAAUGGCGCGUACAAACAUGAGGACCUGCAGACAGAUGAGUCCAGUAUGGAUGAUGGGCAUGCUCGGCGGCAGCUCUGCGGGGGCAACCAGGCUGCCACAGAAAGGAUUAUCCUGUUUGGCCGUGAGUUGCAGGCACUGAGUGAGCAGUUGGGCCAGGAGUACGGCAAGAAUUUGGCCCACACGGAGAUGCUACAGGAUGCCUUCAGCCUGCUUGCCUACUCAGACCCCUGGAGCUGCCCAGUUGGCCAACAGCUCGACCCCAUUCAGAGAGAACCUGUGUGCGCUGCCCUUAAUAGCGCCAUUUUAGAGUCUCAGAACCUGCCAAAGCAGCCACCUCUGAUGCUCGCCUUGGGUCAGGCAUCUGAAUGUCUACGGCUCAUGGCCCGAGCGGGCCUGGGAUCUUGCUCCUUUGCCAGAGUCGAUGACUACUUGCACUAGCUGACCAUGGUCACUGGCCCCACCUGACUGUCCACCAGCCUCAGGGCUGGAGCAGUCCUGUCCUUCUUAGGCACCUGGCACAGGGACCUGGAAGCCAUGGGCAGAGUCCACUCCUGCCUGGCCUCUUCCUUCCUUCCUUCCCUCCUUCCUUCCUUCCUUUCCUACCCCCCACCCUUAGUCUCUCUCUCUCUCCCCUUCACAUGCAGCGGCCUAUGACACAGUAUUGGCUGGUUACUCUCAUGUAGCGCCUUCUACUUUGAAAAGAGGGGUUUGUUUUGAGGAGGGAUUGGGGUUUUUUAAUCUUUCUCCUGACUGAGCCACCAGUAUUUAUCUCUGGAGAGUUUGUGCUGAGCUGGUUUCUGCUAAUUUAGUGAUGAAGUCUAUCCAAGUUGGUGAUAGCUUAUUAUUUUCAUAAGUAAAAAAAAAAUGAGAUUAUAUAUAUAAAUAUAUAUAUUAACAAAAAAAAGGAAGACACAGUAUUUAUCGUAGUGUUAGUGGUCCAGCACCUCUUGGGUGAGGCUGUCCAGAUACCAUGUUUUUAUUUGAGUCCAACUCAUUUAAAAAGAAUCAUCUCUAUCACCUCAGCCAAGUGAUUUGUUUAUUUUAGUCUCCCCCUUUGUUGAGCCACAGGCCCAGCUGUAGCCUAGGGAAGCCAAAUAAGCUUUGGGGGGAGGGGGCUACUUGGUGGUCAGGAUCAGUCUUAGAUGAUUUUGCAGUAUCCCAAGAGGUGUGGGUCUUUAGGCCCCUGAGAACUGUUCUAAGCAGAAAACUGCAGGGCCAAAGGUCUAGAGAAAUGACAGGUUGGCCCAGGGCCAUAUAGCAGAGCAAGGGAGUAGAGGGUUCUUGGCCAGCACGCUAUCUACCACUCUACCCCACCUCUCACUGCCUGUCUUGCUUUCCUCUCUUCCCUUUUCAAUACCCUGUUUCCUUUGUUAAGAUGGCCAAAUAAUUCAUUUACUCUAAAUUGAUUGCCUGGAAACUACUUGCCUUCAACCCAAGAGCCACUGUGCGUCAGGCUACCAGAAAGAAGACUCCAUUCCCAGGACAGAGGUCUUUGAGUACAGGGGCUACUUUUUUCCUGCUUGGAUCUUCACCGUCUCUGCACAGCUCUGAGGGAAUUGAUGCUUUCUGUUGAGAAGCUGGUACCUUGUGGAGGCAGUUUCUUGGGCUGCUGGUUCAUGGAGUGGAUGGAAUCCUUGGUCCCCUAGACCAGCUUUGCUGCCACUAUGCCAGGCAGCUUCCCAGGCACUCCUAGAAAAGACUGUCAGGAGUAUUUGCUGGCCAGAGGAUGGGACCCCACAAGCUGUACAGAUUCCUUCCAGCUGUUUCCAAUGGAUCCUCACAGCUGGUAGAAAAAUGGUCCCACUACCAUUGGGGAAUCAGGAGAGGAAGGGCUGAGAUGGCUUCCUGGACUUGGGCAGGCCAUCUGUGGAGAGGACUGGCUGACCUGGAGGAAGAAAGGGAAGAAGCCUGUGCAGAGGAGUACCAGAAGGGGCUGGGAUUUCCUUCAUCACCUCAUAGCAUGAGGGGGAGCAUGCAGCUCCUACAAAGGGUAGGGUCAGCCAUGGCAAGACCAGAAGUUGAACUUCCAGUCCCUGCCUGAAUCUGGGCAUGCUCCUGUUCCAUGUUAGACACAGGAAUGGGGUUGUUGUGGCCUCAGAUAUUCAGUGCCCACUAGGUCUGACCAGGUCCACAGCUGGACAAUAAGAAAAAUGAUUGAGUUGGACCAGCUGCUGGCUAUGGCCCUGUACUUACCCAGAGUUCUGGCUUGGGAGAUGGUCCUGUAGCUGCUGCUUUUUCUUGGUCUCUGCCAGAGCCUCAACUGGCAGCUCAUAGACCAUGGCCUGUUGGGAGGUAUUGUUCUGUCUGUAAGGGAAACCUGUGAAAGCCUAGGAAUACCUAGCUCCCAAGCCCAUAGUUUGGAAACAUCCGGCUAUUAAAAAUGGUCAGAGCCUAGCCGGGCGUUGUGGCGGGCGCCUGUAGUCCCAGCUACUCGGGAGGCUGAGGCAAGAGAAUCACUGAAGCCCAGGAGUUGGAGGUUGCUGUGAGCUGUGUGAUGCCACGGCACUCUACCGAGGGCUAUAAAGCGAGACUCUGUCUCUACAUAAAAAAAAAAAAAAAAAAUUAAAGAAAAAUGGUCAGAGCCUGGCAGGAUUAGGAACUAAAACCAGAGGUUAAUGCAGCUGGAAUGGGGUUCAAUCCUCUCCUUUGCAAAUAAGGAAACAGGCCCAGGAGAUUAAGUGACUUGGCCAAAGUCACAUAGCAAAUCGGUGGCAGAGAUGGGACUUACCAUAUCCCUGUGGAUUGGUCCACAGCAUUUAGUCCUCAUGGGUGAGCCCCAUGAGGGCUUGGCUGGUGUGGCCUCCAGCUGUGUCAUGAGUGGCUGGUAUCUUAAGGGGUAUGUUAGGGAUGAGGAUGAUACCUGGGCUUGGGUUAUGAAGUGGCAGAGACAGGACCCAGGAGGGCCCAGGACAGCUGCAUGGGGUUGGGUAUGUGCCUGGCUCACACUUAGUAUCCAUGGUCACACCCUAUUUUCUGUGCCUUAUCUCACUGUUUCAGCUGAGUCCAAGUUGUUUACUCUGUUCCUCUCCAGAGGGGCUCUCUGUCCCAAUUGGACAGCUCUCCUUUGGGACAUAAGCCUUUGCCCCACAAGCUGUGGAGAGGGCCAAAGCCAGGCUGCAGACCCCACUCUCUUACUCAAUGAGUCCAGGCUUGCCUGCCAGCCAGAGGAGCCUUUAUGCAUAUCCAGUCCUACCAGCCUGAUUCCAGGAGACUGGAGUGGGAAAGGCAUCUGGGAGGAGCCCCAGUGAAGGGCUGGACCUGACCUGUGAAGACAGGAGGAAGAUUUUAAUCUGUUGGGUUGUCCAGCCCUGGGGAACAGCCUUCUCUACUCACCUUCCUCCUGUGGCACCAAAUGGUUACUCCUUCCAGUGCAAAAACUGGCAGACUACUCAAAGGAAGCCAGAACCUCCUAUCCCCAUCCACAUGAGUCUGCGGCUGGGUACAGACCAUUAAAACAGGGACAUCAUGAGACAAGAGAAUUGGAGACUGCCUGGCCACCCAGCGCCUUCUCACCCCUUAAGCAAGCACAAAGAAGAUACAGCAGAGAACUGUCAGAGCUGAAAGUUCCUUUGGUUGCUCACAACUCAGGUAUGCGUGCCGUGGGGCAGCCAGGUAGAAGAGCCCUACUUGACCGCCAGUCCCAUACACCUGGACCUGCGGCCAGAUCAUGGCCUCUGGCUGUCUUAGGCACUUGCCUCUUUGCAUCGGGUUUUCCUCCAUUAGUAACUACAGCUGAAACAGACAUCCUCCACAUUGUGCACACUGGUUCUGCCUUUGUCCUUGAGAGUUGAUACUUGGCAUUAGCAUGAAACUUGUGGGUGUGGGAGGGUUGAGAGAGAAUUCUAACACAAAACAUCCUAUUAAAAUUGUACUUGAGAGAUGAAAAAACUCCUGUUGUAUUUUGACAAAAUUAUUUUUAUUAAAAUACACAUCCAUGAGCA